GAAAAGGAAGCAGAAAAAGGAGAAGCAGCAACGGCUGCUCUGCUUCCUUCCCAUCUCGCUCUUGGGACAUGCCCGGCCAGCAGAAAGCAGCUCCAUAGGGGAGGAGAGCCACGGAGGAUCUCACAGCUGCAGUCUAAUGGUAACACAGAGGAUUCAGCAGUGGCCACCAUGGGUUCUGUGAAUUCCAGAGGUCACAAGGCGGAAGCCCAGGUGGUGAUGAUGGGCCUGGACUCGGCGGGCAAGACCACGCUCCUUUACAAGCUGAAGGGCCACCAGCUGGUGGAGACCCUGCCCACUGUUGGUUUCAACGUGGAGCCUCUGAAAGCUCCUGGGCACGUGUCACUGACUCUCUGGGACGUUGGGGGGCAGGCCCCGCUCAGAGCCAGCUGGAAGGACUAUCUGGAAGGCACAGACAUCCUCGUGUACGUGCUGGACAGCAUAGAUGAAGCCCGCUUACCCGAGUCUGCGGCUGAGCUCACAGAAGUCCUGAACGACCCCAACAUGGCUGGCGUCCCCUUCUUGGUGCUGGCCAACAAGCAGGAGGCACCUGAUGCACUUCCGCUGCUUAAGAUCAGAAACAGGCUGAGUCUAGAGAGAUUCCAGGACCACUGCUGGGAGCUCCGGGGCUGCAGUGCCCUCACUGGGGAGGGGCUGCCCGAGGCCCUGCAGAGCCUGUGGAGCCUCCUGAAAUCUCGCAGCUGCAUGUGUCUGCAGGCGAGAGCCCGUGGGGCUGAGCGCGGAGACAGCAAGAGAUCUUGAUCCAGACAGAGCAGCAUAUCUUUGCUCAUACAAACUAGAAGAACCAGCUCAUCCUUGAGAAAUUUACACUCAGUCUAUCAAACAAGAAAUGCUGGCUUGGCCCGGUGGCUCAUGCCUGUAAUCCCAGCACUGUGGGAGACCACGGUGGGGGAAUCCCUUGAGCCCAGGAGUUGGAUAGCAACAUCACAACACCCCGUUUCUACUAAUAAUCAAAAAAUUGGCCGGGCAUGGUGGCAUGUGCCUGUAGUCCCAGCUACUUGGGAGGCUGAGGCAGGAGAAUCACUUGAGCCCAGGAGGUAGAGGUUGCAGUGAGCCAAGAUCACGCCACUGCACUCCAGUCUGGGCAACAGAGUAAGACCCUGUCUCAAUAAUAAUAAUAAUAAUAAUGAUGAUACUCUAAGAAAAAAAUCUCAACAUACUUCAUUUAAUAGCUCGUUACCAAGUGUGAAUGAAGCAAUAUGUCAUAAUAGAGUAGCCACUGGUUGCAUAAUAAUAGAGACCUAAAUUCUCAAACAGGGAAAGAGGUUUUAAAAUCAAAUUUGAGGCCAGGUGCAGUGGCUCACGCCUGUAAUCCCAGCACUUUGGGUGGCGGAGGAGGGCAGAUUACUUGAGGCUAGGAGUUCAAGACCAGCCUGGCCAACAUGGUGAAACCCCAUCUCUACUGAAAAUACAAAAAUUAGGCAUGGUGGUGCAUGCCUGCAGUCCCAGCUACUCAGGAGGUUGAGGCAGAAGAAUCGCUUGAACCCAGGAAGUGGAGGUUGCAGUGAGCCGAGAUUGUGCUGCUGCACUCCAGCCUGGGUGAAAAAGACAGGCUGUGUCUCCAAAAAGAAAAAAAAAAGUCAAAUUCAAAUAUCAUCUGGACAUGUCACAAUGGAUCACUUAUGAGUGAUCCCUAUGAGUGAUUUUCCCCAGUGGCCCCUGGGGAUGUGCCACUGUCGCUCAGAAGGCAAGCUAGGCAGGGCCCAUACAACAGCAGGGAUCUGCAGGUUAGACGUUCCCUGCCCUGGGACGCUCACCCCUGGGCAAGAGGCUGGAAGUUCACACCAUCCAAAAUUUAUCCUUGUUUUUUUUCUGAUGCUAAUUAGCCUCUCCCGAUUUUAUGACAUCUUGUGUUGAUCUUUUUCAAAAACUCAUUUUCUUUUUUUUCCUUCUCUUUUCUCCUUCUUGUAGCACAUAUCUUUCCCUAAAGAUCAGAUCAAUAAAAUAUUUUAUUUAUUCAUUAAUUUAACAAAAAAAACAGAGCAUUUAGUUUGUGGCAAAAGCACUGAGCUUUCGAAUAUGAAUCAUGUGCUUUAGGUGGGAGUUGUGAAUUCUGAAGAUACAGAUGACAGUGAUGAAUGCCUUCUGUCUCAUGAUUGAUAGGGAAAAGGAAGGUUGACCAUAGCAUCCUAGAAGGUUCAUCAGGUGAUCAUUACCUAGCAUCCAUGAAGCACCUGAAAUUAUUUGCAAAAUGUUACACUUUGGACCAUUUUUCCGGGGAAGGAGAUCCAGAACUUUUUAUCAGAUUUUCAAAGACAUCUGUGACUCCCAAAAGUUAAGAAUCACUGAUGUGGUUGUUGUAUCCCUCAUCCAACCCCAGAACACUUUCUGUAAUCUGAGUUUUUUAAUGGCAAGUGGCCUAUAUUUAGCACCUGUUCUUAUGUUAAACAGCUCUGAAUGUUAGAUAUUCUUUCUUAUCCUGGACUGGUUCUCUCUCUCUCUGGAGUAAUGCAGUAUAAAUUGGCCAUCAGUACCCUUCUAAAAUCUGAGAUCUGCCAGGCCCCUCUUCUAACACCAGGUUAGGCAUGCUUGGUUAUUUCCAGUACUUGUCAGUCAACAUGUUUCAAGACGCUGUGUUAGACACUAGGGAUGCAAAGAUGAAUGAGAUAAGGCCUCAGGCCUCAUGGAAGGUGAGACAGUAAAGACAUUACUCCCAUAAAAAUGUGAGGAGAGAGACUCAGUUCAGCAACUGUUUAUUCUGUUUAUUGAGCACUUACUUGGACCAAGUCUAUGUUUUACAUAGACUGUCUCUAAUUCUCACAACUCUGCAAAAUAUAUAUAUUCCCAUUUUAUAAAACUACAAACUGAGGCUCAGAGAGGGUGUGACCUCUUGUUGCUUGAGGCACAGAGUUAUAAAGUAACAUAUCUGGAAUUUGAUAUCAGAUCUGUUUAGGGCUAAUGCUGCAUUUUUCUACAACAUCAUGCUUCUAGAAGGUUUAAGCUAGGUAGGCUUUCAGCCAGCAGACAUGAUGGGGAGAGCCUUCUAAUAAGAGGGAAGAGACUGCUUGGAAGCAUGAAGGGAGGUGUAAGAAAGAUAAGUAAGUCAGUGUACCUGCAACAGAGGCUUGGGAUGAGGGGUGGGUGAGGUUGACAUCACGAUAGAAAACAAAACUGGAAUGGGAGUUUAGGUCCAAUUUGGGCAAGGUUGUUUGAAUUUCAGUAAUCAGGGGUUUGGGUCAAGGAAGAAAAAUCAUGGGACUUGCCAUUUAGGAGGAUAAUUUUGUGGUAGUGUGGGGGUGAAAUAAAGAGAAAAGGGAACCCUGGAGCUGGGAAGGCAGGAUACCAGCUAGAUGACCAUCACACAGCAAAGGAGGGAGUGGAAGAGAGAUGAGAAAACUGAGAGCUAUUAUUAAGAAAAACAGUUGAGAGAGGAAGAAUUUGAAGAGGGCUCAAGAUUUUGAGUCCACAUGACAGAAGGACUGGAAUGCCAUGAACUUGAGAAGGUGAGCGCUGAAGAACCAGGAUGGGAUGGGGCUGGAACGGCUGGGUUCAGCUUUUGAAGGGUGGGUACAUGUUUGGUUAUAGCUGCUUUCAGAUUGUUCCAUUAUCUGUACUCCCAACUACCCUGCCGGAGAUAUAUGUUGGCUCUCACUCAUGGAGGCUCAUUUCCUUGCAUGAUUUGUCACUUUUGAUUGUGAGCUCAUCUUCAGUAGGAGUUGUUUUUCCUGUGUGACUCCCAUGUGCCC